CGCACAACAGAUCUCGCUGCCUCUGCUGCUGCUCUAGGUCUUCUUCUCCGUCUUCAUCUUCUUUUACGACGACCCUCUCCUUCACUUACUUCGAAUGCGUGCUUCUCCACCCUCAAUCCUCACCUCAGCCCUCCUCCUCCUCCUCGUCUUCCUCCGCUACCAUGUUCCUGCCUCCUCCCCCGACUCCUUCUCCCUCUCUUGUUCCUAGCCCUGGGAGCUCUGACCUCUUGCUUCUCUCCUAUUUCUCUUCCUCUGUUCUGGAUCAUUGCGGCACUCUUCUUCUUCUUCUUCGCGGAUAUCGCCUGCUCUUCUUGUAGGCUAACUUUGGAUGCCUUGAGCUCUGUGUGCAUCUUCAUCUUCAAUCUCGCUGCUGUCAUCAAUCGGCUUGUAAUUUGGCUCUCCCAGGGAUUGCGGAGGCCUUACUUCUUCGUGAUGUGCAGCAGCGAGGAGAGGAAUUUUGGGUUGCAAGGGUAGGUAGUCGUAGUGGCAGCGUGUUUUUUGUAAAUUUUCGUACACACGCGUCUGGCUGUUCAUAGGUAGAAUUUCUCCAGUAUGGCUAUUCAUUUCAAGUUCAGAAGUGCAGUUGAGUAUGAUUCCAUCGAUAUUGAUGGCCCGUUCAUCUCAAUUGGUUCUUUGAAGGAGAAGAUAGUUGAACACAAGAACUUAGGUAGGGCAACGGACUUCGACCUUCUCAUCACCAAUGCGCAAACAGCUGAAGAGUAUUCGGAUGAAUCUUUUCUUUUGCCUAAAAACACAAGUGUUAUUAUCAAACGAGUGCCUGCAUCUCGCUCAAAACCAGUUCUCCGAGUUGAAGAACAGCCGAAGAUUCAUGGAUCAGUGGCAGACUCGAUGGUUGGUGACUAUGGCAGGGGAACAGAGUCAACAUCUCAGGCUACAGCUCUUUCUAAUGUCGGAAUGGAUAGCUUGGAUGAUUUCGGUGUCGACUUGUAUGCUAUACCUGAGCCUGUUGUCAGUAAGGCCGACCUGGAUGAAAACACUCGUAUUGCUGCCAUGGUCAACACAACAGCUACAGAAUGGCAGCGGCAAACACAUGAGGGUCUUGGUGGAGGUAGAGGAUCCGGACGUGGGGGCUAUGGAAGAGGAAGUGCAGCCAGGGGCGGCGGAGGUCGUGCUUUCGGAAGGGCAACGCCACCACAGGGUUAUGUGUGUCAUCGAUGUGGUCAACCAGGUCAUUUUAUCCAGCAUUGUCCAACCAACGGAGAUCCUACAUAUGACAUGAGGAAAAUGAAACCACCUGUGGGCAUUCCUAAAACCCGAUUAAAAGCUGACCAGGAGGGCUCGUACAUACUACCAGAUGGAUCAGUUGCUGUUAUGCAACCUGACGAAUCGGUUUUCGCCAAAGAAGCAGACGCGUUGUUGGCCAUCAGACCAAUUUAUUCGGAGCCACCUCCAGAGUUGAAGUGUCCUUUAUGUGGCACCAUUUUUAAGGACGCAGUCAUGAUACCUUGCUGUCAGUAUAGUUUCUGUGAUAAAUGUAUUAGAGACGAGCUGAUAGCCAAGGGAAAGUGCCCUCAAUGUGAAUCUACCAAAUUCAAGAAUGAUGAUCUGCUGCCAAACAUCAACCUCAGGCAGGCAAUUGAUCGUUUUCUGGAGGCACAAAUGACAACUAGUGGAGCGUCCGACAGUUUUUACAAACAGCAUCAGUUGCCUGAUGUGGAUUCUGGUCCUCGGAAGGUUGCCGCACCUGCUGGUUCACGCCUACAAAUUGAGCUACGAAAGCCUGUGAUCUCCACGGGUGCACCUGUUCAAGCACCUCCUUCAAAGGAAGUCGUUGUGGAGGAUGCAGUAGAGUCGUCAAAGGACAAAAAAGAAAAAACUGAACAAGUUGAAGGCUCCGCUGUUUUGACUCUUGGAGAUGAAGACAGUGGAGGUGCCAUUGAAGGCCCCCCAUCUAAGGAAUAUGCAGCAGAAACUUCGGGAAAAGAGGAAGCUGGGGUUUCUCUUAAAGAAGAGGAAAGGCAGGGUUUUGUAAAUGACGAGGGAGAAGCAGGCAUGAUAUCUAAGAAUAUCGAGCCUCUCUUUGUUAAGGAGACGGAUGGGGUAGCAGUGGAGUCUGAGGUUAGCAAAGGGAAAAAGAAGAAGAAACGUUCUCGUCCUGUCCAAGCAGCAGAUGGAGCCGCAGAUAAUAUUGGCGGAGGCAAGGUCAGAAAGGGCACGCAGGGGGAGCGCGUUUGCUAUUUAUGUGGCUCUCCUGAUCAUUUUGCAAGGGAUUGCAUCGACCAUGGAGGCCCAGGCCCUGGUCCUUAUGGUGGUCCUCAUCCUGCCAUGUUUGGUCCCGGAGGAAUGCCUCCUAUGGGUGUACCUCCUUAUGGUGGGGCAUACAAUAUGGAAUGGCAUGGUCCUCCAAUGCCCCCGCAUGGUGGUCCAUUUGGGUAUGGUGAAGGCAUGCAUGGACCUGGUCCUGGAAUGAUGCCAUUUGAUAGACCAAUGAUGCCCGGUCCUGGAUAUGGUGCACCUCCGUUUGGAAUGCCUCCUAUGUAUCCUGGAAUCCCUCAUCACGGUUACAUGAGGGGACCAGGUAUGAUGGGCAUGAUGGACAGACCUCCUUUAUCUCGAGAGGAGUUUUUGGAAGUUCAGGAAAGACAACGUCAAGAGAGACACCGUCAGCAUCGAAUGAUGGAACAUUCCGAGAGAGAAUGGUCUCCAGAGGCUCUAUUUCCAAGGGAUAGGGAGCGGGAGAGGGAUGGAAAUGUUCGACAUCAGUCUCCAGAGCUGGAGAGUCGGAGGUUGAAGGAAACGAGGGAGAGGCGUCCAGAUCACUAUGAUCAUGUGAGGAAGCAUGACGUUGAACGGGAAUCUGGGGAUGAGUUUUCAGAUGACACUGAGUAUCGUAAAACUAAAAGUGGCAGGAUUGAGCGUAGAAAAGCUCCUGAUAGGGUAGUGGUUGAAAAUCGCCAUUCUCGUAAAUCUCACCUUUCUAAUGAUGAUGAUGUUACUUCUCUUGAUGAACUUAAAACCCGACGGCCUGUACGGCGUGGUGAUCGUGAUGAAAAAUUGCCUGAGAGGGACAUGAGACGCGAGAGAGAAAGCAGUAGGCAGCACAGAGAGUUUGUGGACUACAGUUCUGAGCAUGAUGGUCCAGUUGUACCUGAAAGGCAUGACAGGGAAGGUUCGCGUUCACUAAAAAGUCGUAGGAUGGAGUCCAGCAGUAAGCGCAUUAAUGUCAGUGGCGAAAGUCGCUACAGAAGUAGCAAGAGGGAGAUGCCUGAAGACUCAGGCCACUCUGAUCUUCCUCCAGAGCCCCAGGACCUGCGAUUGAAGCUCGGUCGCAAACGUGAAAAGGAACGUCAAGAGAGACGUCAUCAUGUGUAUGAUGACGCUGAAACCGAGGAGAUUAUUAAGGGAGAAGCUUUAGAAAAACCCAGACUUAAACGACACCAUAGUCGCUCCAAGUCCAAAGGUGAGGAGCCUGUAGAAUAUGAUUCUGAGGAUUCUAGAAGGAAACAGAAAAGGAAGCACAGAAAACAUUAUGAUGAUAGUAUCGAGGACAGACCUAGAGACAUUCGAGAAAAAGACGUGGACGAGCCUGUCGCCUCCCGCAAGCUCAAGUCUAAGGGCGGCUCCAAUCCAUCAAGUAACAGCAUUGAGGGAACCCGCUGGCAGCUGGUUGACUCAGCUGGAGAAAUAGAUGAGGGUCACAACAGCCAUUCUUAUCACACUAAAAGGAAAAGCCAACGAUCUUACCGCAGCUAAUUAACAGGGUUUGCCCCACUCUGUCCAAGAGGAUUUCGCUUGGGAAAAAAUUGAUUUUCAGGAUUGUCUAUUGCUGGGUCGCUUUGAGGUUUCCUUCCAAGGUGCAAAGAGGUUUGGGUGGAAGUCGACUAUUGCACUGCAUGUUUUACACGUGUAGGUUGGUAAUGAGCUUUUCAUUUGUCUCUUCGAACGAGGUAGAGCAUUUUGCAUUUCAUUUAUGAAGAGGAGGGAUGACGUUCACACUGGAUUGUGAUACAUUUGGCCUUGUCAUAACUUUCAAAGAAUAAACAGGCUAAAAGUUUCUGUA